AUGGUCAUUGAGUCUCUUACCGAAGUUGUCGCCCCGGAGGGCAUCAAAACAAAAUUGGUGGCCACCAGAUCUGAUAUCAGUCUUCCACAUGCCGAGGAGACGAAUGGAAGAGUCGUUCCUUUCAAGCACCCCGCGGACAGCAAAGUCAACUUUGGUGCUGCUGUCUAUGGCAUCAACCUCAACAACUUUAGUGACGCAGAUUUUGAGUUUAUAUCCGACGCCCUCCACGAGCACAAAGUCCUUGUCUUCAAGGAGCAGCCUGAAAUGCUAAGGCCGCAACAGCAAUACCGUCUCGCAGCAAAUUUCGAUCCUGACGAAACGACGGGGGGAUUCGCCCAUGGGGCGGAUCCAUUUCUCACAUCGUACAACAAUUUAAACAUCUAUGGAAUCCCAAGUCGACCCGCCAUUCCUGUACAGCCUCAGGUCCACAUCCUCGGCAGAGGUGAGGUACCUGAAAACCACUACCAAUUUCCACCUGGCUUCAAGAUUAAAGGAAUUGAUCAUCAUGAGUUUCAUCUUCCCCCUCACAUCCCAAAAGAAGAGCGGGAGAAGGGCGCCAGUAGAUUCUACCAAUGGCAUUGGGACGGAUCGCUCUAUGGCAUUCCCCCACCAAGAGUUGGCUGUUUGCUGGCCGUCAAAGUCCCCAAAGGUCCGGAUGUGACUGUCAGAUGGGACGAUGGCACGGGGACAGAGAUGAAGAUUGCUCCGGGCGCAACGGCUUAUGUCGCUGGUUCCAGAGCCUUGGAGUUGCUCGACGAUGAAACAAGGGCAACAGUUCUAAACAGUCGUAUUGAGUACGCUCCACACGCCUUCAAAUGGAUGUCGACAGCACAUAGUACCCGGCUUGGUCAUACGCUGGAGACCGAGGGUCUGGAGCUGCCUCGUGAAAAGCUGCCGCCAAUCGACGAGGGCAAGAUCUGCGUUUAUCCAAUGGUGUGGACGAAUCCCAAGACUGGAGAAAAGUCUCUGCAAGUCCAUGGUCAAGGGGCAAGGAAACUGUACCUCAAGAGCAGUCCAGAUGGAGAAGAAAUUGUUGUGGAUGAUCUAAAGGAGGUGAGAGCGUUCAUGCAUCGCAUUAUGCGACCUGUCCUCUCUCCCGAAAAUAUAUAUGCACAUCGACACGACGAGCAGGAUGUCAUCUUAUGGUACAACCGGGCACUCUGGCAUAGCAUUACUGAAUUUCCAGAAUCGUAUGGACCAAGAAUCAUGCAUCAGUGCAAUAUCGCUGCCUCAGAUCACCCUGCAGGUUGA